UUUCAGUAUUUAUUUCGCUUGUCGGAGUUCAAUUCAUUUGUAACGACUUUAUGACGAGAGGAGUUUUAUCUGCUCUCUAGUUCAGUACUUACAAGGAUCGCUUACGAGAACAAGCUGCCAAAGAUUCACAGAAGCUGCUUCUUUUAGUGGUAUUUUUCUCAUUUUAGCUGCGCAAAGCCCAGUCACGGAAACGCCGCCUUUAGGCCUAUUGAUCGAAGUCACCGGAGGGUUCGGAAACGAGGAUGGCAGAGGCAAUUGAAGAAAUGUUGCUUUCAGACUGGCCAGAAGAAAUGAAGAUUGCCUUUUUUGAAAAGUGUGCAUCCACUAUAACAGAUGAAAGCACUAUCCAGAACAUAUUAGACAGCUGUACUCGGACAAUCCUGGUUUCUUCUCAUGAAUCGAAGUACGAUGUCAUGACGAAGCGGAUCUUGAACAGGUUUGUUCGAACACAUCCUGAGGUUGCUGGAAAGUUUAUGAGUAAAAAACUUGAAGAGCUAGUUGUCACUAUUCCAUCGCAUAGAGGUGCAGAUGUUAGCCAUAGAAAAGCGUUUUAUGAACUCUUGUCUCAUGUUUUGUCAAUCCUAAGGACUACAGGUUCUGGUGUUAUACCAAAGAAAAUAAUGGAUCAAGUUAUCAAUUGUUUCUUAGAGGAAGAUUCGGUUGCUUUAUGUGCAGCUAUUGCAGAUGCUGCAAUUCGCAAUUGGAAUGUUGACUCAAUAAAUACUGGUUACAACCAAUUAAUUUCAAAGACUGUUAGUCUAUUAAGGUCAUUUUCAUUAAUGAAGGACAUAGGCUCAGUAAAUUUACCAGUGGCAGAAGUGACCCAACAGGCUGUCAACAAUGUCAACCUAAUCAGCAACUUCUUUGCAAAAAUCUUAGCAACAGAUAAAACAUUUGUUCAGCAAGCUCUUGGUGAAAUUUUCAGUGUGUUGACACAGGAAGAGAAACCAUCUAGUGUUACAUUGACUCCACUCCUGACAGCUAUACCAAAGGAAUAUGCGGAAGGCAUUGCGGAAAAAAUUUGCAGUAAUCCAAGUGUUACAGAUAAAAAACUUGAUUUGGCACUUUGUAAGCUAAUUGAUUGGCUUGCAUGGCCAAAAAGCCAAAACCUGGAUGAGUGGAUAAUAACAGUGUGCCAAAAACUGCUUGAUGAUGGAAAGAGGUGUCAGGUUGUUGCACAAGUUGUUAAAAAGAAGGCAGUUGUGGUAUUCAAUCACAUGUUUCCAAAAGAAUCCAGAGAAGCUGCCACUGCAGUCUUUUCAUUCAUGAUGUUGAUCUAUCAGCACAGUCCUGAGAUUUUUCAUAAGGUUGCGCCAAGAAUACCAUCAUUGUUUAACCUAAUUGAAAAAGACAAUGAAGAUCCCAAAAAUCAGACAUGCAUAAGAACAUUAGCAGAGCUAGUUUACACAUUGAUGUACAUGUUUCCAGGAUAUUCAAAUAUUUACAACAGUGUUCGCCCUAUUUUAAAGAAUUAUUCCGAACCCAGCCAAGCUGAUAUGAAAAGAUGGAUUGCAAGAAGUUGUAUUGUAUUGCCUGGUGCUAUUGCACCUCAAAGCAGUCCUGAAAUAUCUAGAAAGCAAGUAAGAGGCAAAACUGGUCUAACCAACCUUGGGAACACUUGUUACAUGAAUAGUGUCAUUCAAGCUUUGUUCAUGCUUAAGAGUUUCCGCUCAAAGCUACUGUUGAUGCCAUUAUCUGAAGGAAAUGCUCCAUUGAUGUACAACUUGUCGAAGCUUUUCGCUUUUCUUCUGCUGUCAGAGCGCUCAGCAAUUAGUCCAAACGACUUCUACAAAAUAUCUAGGCCACCCUGGUUUCGAGUUGGCGCGCAACAAGAUUGCUCAGAGUUCUUGAAAUACCUUAUUGAAAGGAUAGAGCAGGAAGAUAAAUCGCAGGGCAGUGAGGUAGCAGACACGACUAUCCACCGCAUGUUCACAGGAGAAUGCCGGGUGGACGUGAAAUGCUUGAAUUGUAAUGCUGUGUCAUCUCGGUUUGAGGCUUUCAAUGAUAUUCCACUCGCAUUCCAUGAUGACAUUGAAGAGGGCAAGAGAACAUUUUCGCUUAAAGGGGGUGAUAUCUCUAGUGGGAGAAUAAACAGUCGUGUGAAAGGCAGUGAAGGCCUAGCUACGGGCGAUCCAAAGGAAGCCUUAGAUUCGAACUCGAUACAUACGGUCGGUCAAGCUCAAGCUUCUGCAACAAGCUCUCCUGUAAUGACAAAUAAUGCAACUUUAACUGUUGAAAAGCGUAAGGACCGCUCUUAUAGCUUGCAAGAGCUUCUCAACUCCUAUCUUACCACAGAAAGCCUUCAUGGUCAAAAUCAAUACAGAUGUGAUAAUUGUUCUGCGCUGCAGGAUGCGGAGCGACGACAUCUUAUCACUUCAUGUCCGAAAUUCCUUGUUCUUACCUUAAAACGCUUCACGUACGACAUAAAAGCGCACAGACGUGGCAAAAUAAUGCAGAAUGUGAAGUUUCCAAAUGAAAUCACUGUCCCAGUUCUUGUUGCCUCAACAGAGAAUAGUACUAAAGAGACUACAGUCGAGCCAAUGGAUGUCGAUGCAGACCAUCCAAAUGGUUUCGAACAGUCGACCAAUAGCAGUGAAUAUUUCCCCGGUGAGUACCCUCGCGCAUUGAAUGCAGAGUAUGCAGGGAAACCUGUUCUCAAGGUUGACAACGAAGAAAGCAAAAUCUAUUCUCUUGUCGCAGUCGUCGUUCACUCAGGAGUGUCUUCUGAUAGCGGUCAUUACUACUCCUAUUGUAGAAGCAAAUCCCCUAGUUUAGGAAAUAGUGCAGAGAGUCAAGAAGCUUCUUCAUCGCCCUCAGACAAAGGAGGAUUUAUAGAUGACAAAAUGCUAGGUGUGUCUAAAAACGUUAAUGCAGUGUUAAGUAAAAAUAUAGCAGCCACAACGGCUAGUAACUAUUACGAUUUAUCGACUAACAUUGAGGUAAAAGAAAAUAUAAUAAGCUCGAAAAUGGAGACCACGAGCAUGAAUGCGAAUACGAACUUGCACGAAAAAGGCAACACGAACAGGAACUUGCACGACAAGAACUGCACGAACACGGAGGAACCUGAAAACGAAUGGUACCUUUUUAACGACAGUUUAGUCUCUGCCGUCAAAGCAUCAGAAAUGGAAAAGAUACAAAAUGAUCAUCCACGAGACACGCCAUACGUUUUUAUAUACGAAGAGGUCCCUGCUGAUGAUGAUAUCCAAACAAAUGAACAUUUGGUCAAACCAGAACUGCGUGUACAUGUUGAAGCAGACAACAGAGAAUAUUUUAAGGGUCAAAGAAAUGCAAAAAGACUUUUAUACGACACAAACUGGCAACCAAAAACUCGAAAAUGGAAUGAAGAUGAUGACGAUAAAAACAACGGAGGAUCGUCAGGGAAUUUCGGAGGAGGGUUUGGGGGACUUGAUUUUGGUGCAAGUCGUUUCAUAUAUUGAUGUAUGUCAACAAUUAAAUUUCGAAUGCUGCCGUAUGGGAUUUUGUAGUAAAUUUCCUACUUAAUAUGUAAUUAUUAUUAUUAUUAUUGUAAAGUUUAUUAUAGUUGUUCUGAAUUGGAUUGAAAAACAU